GAUGUUUAAGACUCAGCCACUAUUUCAGAAGCAGGAAUUGGAGAGCUCCCUCUUCUCCAACCUCGCCGACUUGAGAUUUCCGGAGAUUCUGUGAGGAAGGAUCUUAAAUUUCAUUUCCCAUUUCAAAUCGUUAAUAGGAUUCCAAUGACACGGAAGCCCUCCAGCACAACUAGGAAGCUUCCUUCUCCCUGAACCGGGCUAGACCGCAGAGGACAGGCGGGGGCCGAGGAGCACCCGCGGGACCACCAGGGACCGCAAAGCAGACGGGUCCGCCCUGCUCUUCCGGGGUUUCCUGCGCCGACCGGAAUUAGGGCGGGGCCUCCAGAGCGCGUCCUGCACGAUUGGUCGGCGCCUCUGUCGCUCAACGCGCGGAACGGAAGGGGUCGGGAGGCGCCCGGCGUUGGUCCUGAAUCCUAGAGGAGGGUGGACUGGUCGGAGCCAAAGUUACUGACUGGGGAGCCGGUGGCUACAGCUAUGGAGCUGGGCCCCGCUGUGUCCCCCGGGCCUUCCCGCUCCUUCAAAGAGGAGCUGCUCUGUGCGGUCUGCUACGAUCCCUUCCGCGACGCCGUGACUCUGCGCUGCGGCCACAACUUCUGCCGCGGGUGCGUGACCCGCUGCUGGGAGGUGCAGGUGACGCCCACCUGCCCGGUGUGCAAGGACCGAGCAGUCCUCGCCGACCUGCGCACUAACCACACCCUCAACAACCUGGUAGAGAAGCUGCUGCGGGAGGAAGCCGAGGGCGCGCGCUGGGCGGGCCACCACUUCCCGCGCCUCUGCCGCCUGCACCGCGGCCCGUUCAGCCUCUUCUGCCUCGACGACAAGGAGCUGCUGUGCUGCUCGUGCCAGGCCGACCCCCGGCACCAAGGGCACCGCGUGCAGCCAGUGAAGGACACGGCCCACGACUUUCGGGCCAAGUGCAGGAACAUGGAGCAUGCACUUCGGGAGAAAGCCAAGGCCUUCUGGGCCAUGCGGCGCUCUUAUGAGGCCAUUGCCAAGCAUAAUCAGGUGGAGGCCGCCUGGCUGGAAGGGCGAGUCCGGCAGGAGUUUGGCAAGCUCCGCGAGUUCCUGAGAGUGGAGGAGCAAGCCAUCCUGGACGCCGUGGCCGAGGAGGCGAGGCAGAAGCAGCGGCUGGCUGAAGAGAAGAUGAAGCAGCUGGCGGAAGACACAGAGGCUCUGGCCCACGAGAUUGAGCGGCUGCAGGUGGAGAUGAAGGAGGAUGACGUUUCCUUUCUCAUGAAACACAAAAGCCGAAAACGCCGCCUCUUCUGCACCAUGGAGCCAGAGCCCGUCCAGCCUGGCAUGCUCAUCGACGUCUGCAAGUACCUCGACUCCCUGCAGUACCGCGUUUGGAGGAAGAUGGUCACGUCUGUUGAGUCUGUGCCUUUUAGCUUCGAUCCCAAUACCGCGGCCGGCUGGCUUUCGGUGUCCGACGACCUCACCAGCGUCACGAACCAUGGCUACCGAGUGCAGGUGGAGAACCCGGAGCGCUUCUCAUCGGCGCCCUGCCUGCUGGGCUCCCGCGUCUUCUCGCAGGGCUCCCACACCUGGGAGGUGGACCUGGCGGGGCUGCCGAGCUGGCGGGUGGGCGUGGUGCGGCUGCGCCAGGACAAUGGCGCCGAGGGCCACUCCCACAGCUGCUACCACGACACCCGCUCGGGCUUCUGGUACGUGUGCCGCACGCAGGGCGUGGAGGGGGACCACUGCGUGACCUCGGACCCGGCCACGUCACCCCUGGCCCUGGCCGUCCCCCGCCGCCUGCGCGUGGAGCUGGAGUGUGAGGAGGGCGAGCUGUCCUUCUAUGAUGCUGAGAGCCACUGCCACCUCUACACCUUCCACGCCCGCUUCGGGGAGGCUUGCACCUCCACCUCUUCUUCGUCGCUCCUGCCUGCAGAUAAUUGUUCAUUGUCGCCUUGUCCUGUCCCUGGAAAUGGCAUGGUAAAAGGAGACAUGGUCCUCUGGGGGUGGUGUUCUAAUCGGGGGCAUGUUCUCGACUAGGACUCACAUUCUUUCUCCUGCCUGUGCCCCCGGUUCCAGAAAUGGGCUUUUAAAACAGAAACGAUGACUCAAACUAUGAAGUGUUGUAAACAUAUGUACAAUUGGUACGUGGGGCGGAAAGCAGUCGGAGAUGCUGCCGGGUGAAGGCGAAUGUUGCCUGACUGGCGUGUGCAGGCGGGAAAGCACUUGGACUCGGAAGCUCAAGGCACUUUGGCGGCCGGCGCCUCUGAGACCAGUGUGCAUGGUCUUGGUAUUUCCCUAGCCCAUCACAUAGAAUCUCUGCAAUAAUCUUGACCUGAAAUUAUUCUGCUAGGUAUAAUAAAGUUAAAAAAAUUUUUUUAUUUCCAACUUAGUGGAAGGGUUUUUUUUUAAUGGGGAAUUUGGAUAACUUAGGCCUCUUUUUUAAAAACUAAAAAUGAUAUUUGAGGGAAAACCCACUUUUUCUUUCGACACUUUCCUUUCAGGGUCCUUGGAAGCUCAUCCAUGUUGUAGCAUGUAUUUGACUUUGUUCCCUUUCACGAUCAAGUCACAUUCUGGGGUGUGAAUAUACUGCAUUUUGUCUAUUCUUCAGCCUGUGGACGUUCAUUCGUUUUCAUUUGUUGCCAUUACAAAUAAUGCUGCUGUGAACAUA